GUUCUCCUUCUGUUAUAGCCGACUUUGCAUCGGAUGAAUCACAUGUCCAGCUGAUAUAUCUACUAUCCCUGGCAAACUGUGCAGACACCUUCUUAUUUGGAGUAGAAACAAACACCGUCAGGAUUAAUUGAACAAUCGGAAACGAUUAUCUGGGUUUCUACAGAUUGAUUACGUUAUUACCGAUUUUCCUGUUGCUGCUGACACGCUUGAUCUCCACUAAAAUAUCAGACAACAUGUCGAUGACCACUAAAGAAGCGAUCGUCUUCUUGCGAGAUGCUCUUGGUAUUGAAACCACGAUGGAGAGGAUUCAUCAGGACAAGGUUGCAUUCUUGGAUGAACUUGUAGUAGCAUGGCUCCAGCAUAUCCCUUUCCAAUCCAUCAAGGCUAUCUCUGUACCUCACCCUAACCGCCAUCUUCCUACAUUCAAGGAGAUCAAACAGGAUCUGUUGUCUAAGGUUGGUGGUCUGUGCUACGACCACAGUCUGAGUACGAUGGCCGUCCUCCAAGCCUUGGGUUACGAGGUUUCCUUGGUGACAUGUGACGUCAGCUUCAAAGACAGUCAUGCCUUGAAUCUUGUUCACAAUGCCUCCUACCAAGGUAGCAUCCAUAUGGUGGAUGUUGGAUCGGGGUACCCAACAUUCAAGGCUAUACCGUUCAACUUUGAUCUUGUAUCUCCCGAGUACCAUCAUUCAUAUCUCCGCUUCCGGUUUAUCCGCGAAGGAGACCUCAUCAUCCGUCAACACCAUGCUGAUACUGACCCUAGAGCUUCACUGUGGCCCGACAGAGUCAAGGAUGGCUGGUAUUCCUUCAUUUACAUCCAUGCUGACCAGCCGCAGAAGGUCUCCUACUUUGAUGAAGCCAUGACAACUGUCUACACCAAGAAGAUACCUACUCCACCAUAUCUUACCAGCCCUCGAUGCAUGGCCUGGCCACAUGGUCGGUUCACCUGCAUCAAAGACACAACCUUAUUACUUGAGAAUGAUGAGGGUCGAGUUGAAAAGUUUUAUCUAAAGUCACUUCAUGAUGUCCUUACUGCGUACAAGAAGUACUUCCCACAAUUCCCCGAAGAAACUUUGAAAGCGGUCAUGAAUGACCCAUGGGUUGAUAUAGACUACUCUAAAAUAUUACCAGCUACUGGACAUGCCUAGAUUUUAGUGGUCAUUCACAUUUACUAUAAUUUUGUUUUCUACAUGUAUACAUACUAAAUACAAUAGAAGGAGCACCAUGUAAUCGAUUAGUAACUAAAGUGUUAUUUGUUUGAAAUAACUUUACAGAACUAUAUAGGAAGUCAACGUCUGCAUCAUUGAAUCCAUUUAUAACUUCAAACAGAUUGAACCCUUUCCUUAUUAUAUCCAAGAUACCCACAAAAGAGAUGUUUUAGUUGGACCUUUUUUAUUUAAAAAAGAAUCUGCAUAUCGUUUUAUGUCGUUUUUUCGACCGGUGUUACAGCGGAUAUGCCUACAUCUAUCACGUGUUAUUGAUAGCUCUAAUUAUUCAUAAUAUCAACUUACACAAGAAACAUACUGAUAUACUGUAUGCCCCUUCUGUAAUUACAAUUCAAUAGUGUUUGGACUUCGGUUGGCAUAUGUCUACGUAUCGCCUUAUUGCAGAGAUUAUAUCCGCUGUUAUUCGCUAGAAUAUGGUUUUAUCAUAAUGAAGCAUGUAUGAAUUGAAUGAUUCCAACGACUUUUAAACAUGGUUAUAUAACAUAACUUUGAUCAUGAACCAAUCAAUAUAACCUUCAAACUAGCGUGAAUGGAACAAAGGGUAGGCCUACUUUAAUAUCCUAACGAAUUUAUCUCUAUACAGUGCGUCCCACAAAAAACGAAACCGAGAUUUAUCGAAGAUUUAUCAUAACUUAAUCACAAGUACAAUAGACAAAUGACCUACCAUUUUAGAGCUUAGAAUCUCCUCUUUCAUCUGAAAUUACUUAGAUUAUUUCUCAUUCACGCAUGAGUGAGCAAUAACAAUUUGAAAAGGGGAUACCAAAAAGUCACUUGGCGGGCCGUAUCUAGGUUUUAAAAAGAAAACCACAUUUUUAAAAAGUUCAAUAUCUGCUCUUUAAUUUGAUACCUCAAUUACAGAAAAUGGUCUAGAAAUAACAAAGUUCUGGUUAUUUGAAAUAAGGCUUGAAUUUCAAUAAUUUCAUAAAAUGAAGAGGUUUUACAGGUUAGCGUUCAAACUCACUCGACACUCCGUUUUGUUGACGAUCAGCCAUGCAUUUAGUCUUUUGUUACCGUGCGAUAGCCUCUAUGGGAAACCGAUGAAAACACGUUUAUUUAAUGAAAUUAUGGAAAUACAAGCAUAGUUUCGAGGGAUCAUAACUUUUUUACUUCUUGACCAUUUUCUGUGAUUAAGGUAUCAAAUAAAAGAGCAGAUAUUGAACUUUUUAGUCAUGCGAUUUUCCUUUUGAAAUUCAGAUACCCCCCGCCAAAUGAGUUUUUGGCAUCCUUUCUUCGAAUUGUUUCUGCUCACUCAUGCGUGAAUGAGGAAUAAUCUAAGUAAUACCAGAUGAAAGAGGAGAUUCUAAGCUUUACAUUGAUAGGUCAUUUGUCUAUUUUAUUUAUGAUUAAGUUAUGAUAAAUCAUCGCUAAAUGUCGGUUUCGUUUUUUUUGGGACGCACUGUACAUGUAUAUAGUUUACAAUAAUAAGAUAAUAAUACAGAGUAUUUCUAAAGCGCCAAAUCCACAAUGAGUAUGUGCUCAAGGAGAUUUAAAACAUUUAUUUUCAUUUAGUUAUUCCAAAUGCCAAUGAACUUUUUAACCAGAAUUUUGAACGUUGAAUACAUAUUAUAUUAAGAUUACAAAAAAAAUCUGCAAGCGUUUUCCACAUUUUGGGGGAAUUUAUAACGUGUGUGAUGCCCAAUAAUUCCUUUCAUAAGGCAUCCUAAUUCCUGAUGAUUAUUAUGAUCCCAUCUUCUUCCAUUCUCACCUCACCUCUAACCAGUGAGUAAAUGAGUUUUUAUUGAAUAAACAUCAGCUGUUUAAUCAUAA